AAGGCUAAAACCUCCGAAGAACCUCUCACAUUCAGUGGCAAACGGUCAAAAGCGAACGGCUGAAGGGUCCGAAAACUGUUCAGGAGGGACAGCGCCUAGGAAAAAUCAUUUUCCCUGCACUUAGCCGUCGAAGGCGAGCGAGCUCAAGAUGACUUCGGAGGACACGGAGCUCCGAAAUGUGGACCUCCAGUUCCCGCUCAUGCGGGGAAUGUCCAAAAGCGAUCCCAGCUACACACAGGAAGACAGAAUAAUGACAGAUACAGGCACAAUGGUGGUAGCCGUCCAUGGUGAUAAGAACAAGCCAGCUAUAUUCACCUACCACGACAUUGGCCUCAACCACGUCACUAACUUCCUUGCAUUCUUCAAUCACCUCGACACGAAAGUCCUGAUGCAGAGUUUCUGCGUCUACCACAUCAAUGCCCCCGGCCAGGAAGAAGAUGCCUCCACUCUGCCACAAGGGUACACUUUUCCUACUAUGGAUACGCUUGCUGAAAUGGUACUUGCAGUUCUGGAACAUUACGGGUUAAAACAUUUUAUUGGAUUUGGUGUUGGUGCUGGAGCUAAUAUUCUCAGUCGUUUUGCGUUGAUGUACCCUCACUGUGUGGACGGUCUGUUCUUGAUCAACUGCACGUCCACGGCCGCCGGCUGGACCGAGUGGGGAUACCAGAAGCUCAACGCUAUGUACCUGAGAAGCUCUGGGAUGACACAGUCGACGGAGGAGUAUCUCAUGUGGCAUCAUUUUGGAAAAAAUCUGCCCACUCGUAGUUAUGAUUUGAUACAGUUGUUCCGGCACUAUUUCAAGAAAUCUGUCAAUCCCGCUAACCUUGGCCUUUUUAUAGAUUCUUUUAUUCGCCGUACUGACCUACAGAUCGUUCGAGAAACUGAUCCCUCAAAGAAGAGAUGUGUACGAAACUUCAGAUGCCACGUCUUGGUAAUGUGUGGUGCCUUCUCUCCUCAUUUAGAGGAUACCGUCACGAUGAACGGCAGGCUAGAUCCAUCCAACUCCACAUGGAUGAAGGUUUCCGAUUGCGGUAUGCCCUUGGAAGAAAGGCCAAACAAAGUGCGUGAAGCGUUAUAUCUCUUCUUGCAAGGAUUAGGUUAUGCUGUAAAUCAAUAUCGAAGACGGUCUUCGGCAGCCUCCACAACCAACGAUGCUUUCAAAGUACUUCAAGCUUACCGCAAAUCUUUCGACUACGAAGCAAACCAAUUACCAAGCCCAACUGCCAACCCGACGACGACCUACAUCCACAGGCAGGAAGUCCACAUCGUCGAGAAUCCAAUCAACCAACACACGGGCCCCUGAGGAACCCAAUCACAACGAGAUGCUUUCCUUGCUACAUACACCUUUUGUAUUUCUCGCGCCCUAGGAAAAAAGUUUAGAAGUCGAAAUCGCUAGAUGGUUGGUAUAUAAAAUAUAUAUAAAAGAAUAUAUAAAAGAUAUAUUAUAUAUGAAGCCUAUAUUAUAACGAGAGGUAACACAAUUGUUAUAAUAUAAACACGAAUAAUGAGUGCCUAGAGAUGGAUUGAUAUCCAACCAAUGUUCGUUGUAGUUGAUCGGUGAUCAUUUAGGUUCGAGUAUUGCAUUGUAUCAGCUAAGUGCAAAACCAGAACUUGCUCGGCAAACCUUUACCAUUCCGUCUGCCUGUACUAUUCGACAACGAUGAACGGGACAGUUUUUGGCUACAUGCCAAAACUUCCUCUUUUUUCGGUAUGCUAACGAAACAUUUUUUGCAAGUUGCUCAAAUCUGCUGCUUUAUAAUAUCAUUUCAAUAUACGAAACAGAAGAUAUAUUUUGAAAUCUAAUACAUGAGAUCAUAUUUUUUUAUUACAGAACUCGAUCAUUUGAGUACCGUGCAAUUAAUUUUUCCUCUCUCAGUAUCUUGUAAGUUAUCCAGGCUUCUUGUGUGUUGAAUUUCAUCAAAAUACUGCAUUGCAUUAUAAACUAUGGUUAUUACCUAAUGAUUCUGAGCUAUUUCAAACACUGUGUUAACAUUUAUUUAGAUUUGUCUUUAAGUUUCGAAUUUAAAAACUCUUAAACGAAAAUCAAAAUGACAAUGCAUAUCGUUAAAUUUAUCGUAAAAUUAACUACAUUUUUAUGAGAGCAAGGUUAUAAAAUAAACAGAUAUACGAUAUAUGGAAUUCCUGAAAACAUCGAGGUCAAUAUACAACGAAUAUGAGCACAUGGCAGUUUGUAAAAGUUUUUAAGCUGCAAAUCGGAGAUGAGACUGCUUUUCAAUAACAUAUAAUUUUCAUUGUUCCAUCAUUUUCAAAGAACGAUUUGUUCAACAGCAAUUUCGAUUUUUAUUAAAUACUAAAAGAUCUAAUUUUAUUAAUGAAUUUGUAUUCACUUUAUCUUUCCACAGAGUAUUUUUGUAUUAAUUGAAAGUUCACUGCAUAAGACGUGAUCAUAUCAUUUUUUUCUUAAUUCUCACUUUGAGAUCAAUAAUUUUAAUUGCUUUAAUUAAAGAGCAAUAAAAUAGAGACUAAAAUCUCUU